UGGUUAUUGAGGACGGCCACAGCCAAAUCGCGAGAAGCAGACGGGAGUGCGCAUGGGACUGGUCUGAAUGUCGCCUCCGUUCAGCAUGGAUUACCCAAAGACCAUGGCUCCCCCGGUACCUCCGCACAAACCCAAACCUACGCGCACGGGACAGCCGCACGAGAGGCUGCUCAAGUGCGUGCUCCUGGGGGACGGAGCGGUGGGAAAAACGAGCCUGGUGGUCAGCUACACCACCAAUGGAUAUCCAACCAAAUAUGUGCCCACUGCGUUUGAUGACUUCUCUGCUGUUGUACAAGUGGAUGGACACCCGGUCAGGUUACAGCUAUGUGACACUGCUGGACAGGAUGAAUUUGACAAACUGCGUCACUUCUGCUACAGCCGGACUGAUGCCUUGCUCCUGUGCUUCAGCGUGGUUAGCCCCGCCUCCUUUCAGAAUGUCUGGGAGAAGUGGGUGCCCGAGAUCCGGCGUCGAUGCCCCCUGACCCCUAUCCUUUUGGUGGGCACCCAGUGUGAUCUGCGACAGGAUGUAAAGGUGCUGAUUGAGCUGUCCCGCAGGAGGGAGAGGCCUGUGGAGGAGGAGGACGCCCGGGCUUUGGCGGACAAAAUCGGAGCUGUGACGUACGUGGAGUGUUCUGCUCUCACACAAAAGAAUCUGAAGGAGGUGUUUGACGCCGCCAUCGCGGUGGGAUUACGACAAUCUGACAGGAGGGCCAGGAGGGAGAGGAAAGUGCGCAGUACGGCUGAUAAGAUGAAGAUGCUUUCAAAAUCCUGGUGGAAGAAAUAUGUGUGUGUCCAGUGACAGAAGGUCUGACUGCUUGAACUGUCCCUUAACUGGAUCUGUUAGUUUCUUUGUAUUUGGAGGACUCAGGAGGACUUGCCUUAAAACUUCAAUGGAGUAUCACCUCAAAAUGGCAGGGCCUUGGGACAGCUGGACAAAGUUGUGCCAACCAUAAAGUGGCAACCAUUAACAGUUCCCUUCAGCUAACAUGAACUGUGAAAUUUACCUGCAUUCAUCUAAGACUGAAUGAACUUCUCUGGCAAGAGGACUGCAUAUUGUAGUGGACUUAUCCAAAGGAAAUGUGAGCAAGCUCAUCACAUAAUCAGUUCCUUCUGUGUACCAAAAUAUUUUGUCUGAUUUUGACAAAAGUAAUUAAUGUCACAAUUUUGUUUGUUAUAAGCCCUUUAGGUUUAAAAUCUAAGCUUCUCCUGCACUUUUGUUUGUAAUUUCAGUAAAGAACUAUUUAGAUCACAAA